AUGUUUUCCCGCUUUCCAUCAUCCCGCCAUGUUCUCCUGCUUUCCAUCACCCCGCCCCAUUCUCCCGCUUUCCAUCACCCCGCCCCAUUCUCCCGCCUUCCAUCGCCCCGCCCCAUUCUCCCUCCUUCCAUCAACCCGCCCCUUUCUCCCGCUUUCCAUCACCCCGCCCAUUCUCUCGCUUUCCAUCACCCCGCCCCAUUCUCCCACUUUCCAUCACCCCGGCCCAUUCUCCCUCCUUCCAUCACCUCGCCCCAUUCUCCCGCCUUCCAACACCCCGCCCCAUUCUCCCGCUUUCUAUCACCCCGCCCUAUUCUCCCGCUUUCCAUCACCCCGCCCCUUUCUCCCGCUUUCCAUCACCAUGCCCCAUUCUUCCGCUUUCCAUCACCGCGCCCCAUUCUCCCGCUUUCCAUCACCCCGCCCGAUUCUCCCGUUUUCCAUCACCCCGCGCCAUUCUCCCGCCUUCCAUCACCCCGCCCCAUUCUCCCGCAUUCCAUCACUCCGCCCCAUUCUUCUGCUUUCCAUCACCCCGCCCCAUUCUCCCUCCUUCCAUCACCCCGCCCCAUUCUCCCGCCUUCCAUCACCCUGCCCCAUUCUCCCGCUUUACAUCACCCCGCCCCAUUCUCCCGCUUUCCAUCACCCUGCCCCAUUCUCCCGCUUUCCAUCACCGCGCCCCAUUCUCCCGCUUACCAUCAACCCGCCCCAUUCUCCCGCUUUGCAUCCCCCCGCCCCAUUCUCCCUCCUUCCAUCACCCCGCCCCAUUCUCCCGCUUUCCAUUACCCCGCCCCAUUCUCCCGCUUUCCAUCACCCCGCUCCAUUUUCUUGCUUUCCAUCACCCCGCCCCAUUCUCCCACUUUCAAUCACCCCGUCCCAUUCUCACGCUUUCCAUCACCCCGCCCCAUUCUCCCGCUUUCCAUCACCCCGCUCCAUUCUCUUGCUUUCCAUCACCUCGCCCCAUCCUCUCGCUUUCCAUCACCGCGCCCCAUUCUCUCUCCUUCCAUCACCCCGCCCCAUUCUCCCGCUUUCGAUCACCCCGCCCCAUUCUCCCGCUUUCCAUCACCCUGCCCCAUUCUCCCGCUUUCCAUCACCCCGCACCAUUCUCCCGCUUUCUAUCACCCCGCCCCAUUCUCCCUCCUUCCAUCACCCCGCCCCAUUCUCCUUUUUUCCAUCACCCCGCCCCAUUUUCCCGCUUUCCAUCACCCCGCCCCAUUCUCCCGCUUUCGAUCACCCCGCCCCAUUCUCCCGCUUUCCAUCACCCUCCCCCAUUCUCCCGCUUUCCAUCACCCCGCACCAUUCUCCCGCUUUCUAUCACCCCGCCCCAUUCUCCCUCCUUCCAUCACCCCGCCCCAUUCUCCUUUUUUCCAUCACCCCGCCCCAUUUUCCCGCUUUCCAUCACCCCGCCCCAUUCUCCCGCUUUCCAUCACCUCGUGUCAUUCUCCCGCUUUCCAUCGCCCCGCUCCAUUCUCCCUCCUUCGAUCACCCUGCCCCAAUCUCCCUCCUUCCAUCACCCCUUCCCAUUCUCCCUCCUUCCAUCAACCCACCCGAAUCUCCCGCAUUCCAUCAUCCCGCCAUGUUCUCCCGCUUUCCAUCACCCCGCCCCAUUCUCCCGCUUUCCAUCACCUCGCCCCAUUCUCCAACUUUCCAUCACCCCGCCCCAUUCUCCCGCCUUCCAUCGCCCGGCCCCAUUCUCCCUCCUUCCAUCACCCCGCCCUAUUCUCCCGCUUUCCAUCACCCCGCCCAUUCUCUCGCUUUCCAUCACCCCGCCCCAUUCUCCCGCUUUCUAUCACCCCGCCCCAUUCUCCCUCCUUCCAUCACCCCGCCCCAUUCUCCCGCCUUCCAACACCCCGCCCCAUUCUCCCUCCUUCCAUCACCCCGCCCCAUUCUCCCGCUUUCUAUCACCCCGCCCUAUUCUCCCGCUUUCCAUCACCGUGCCCCAUUCUUCCGCUUUCCAUCACCGCGCCCCAUUCUCCCGCUUUCCAUCAACCCGCCCCAUUCUCCCUCUUUCCAUCGCCCCGCCCCAUUCUCCUUUUUUCCAUCACCCCGCCCCGUUUUCCCGCUUUCCAUCACCCCGCCCCACUCUCCCGCUUUCCAUCACCUCGUGUCAUUCUCCCGCUUUCCAUCGCCCCGCUCCAUUCUCCCUCCUUCGAUCACCCUGCCCCAAUCUCCCUCCUUCCAUCACCCCUUCCCAUUCUCCCUCUUUCCAUCAACCCAACCGAUUCUCCCGCUUUCCAUCACCCGCCCAGUUCUCCCGCUUUCCAUCAUCCCGCCAUGCUCUCCCGCUUUCCAUCACCCCGCCCCAUUCUCCCGCUUUCCAUCACCUCGCCCCAUUCUCCAACUUUCCAUCACCCCGCCCCAUUCUCCCGCCUUCCAUCGCCCCGCACCAUUCUCCCUCCUUCCAUCACCCCGCCCCAUUCUCCCGCUUUCCAUCACCCCGCCCAUUCUCUCACUUUCCAUCACCCCGCCCCAUUUUCCCGCUUUCCAUCACCAAGCCCCAUUCUCCCUCCUUCCAUCACCCUGCCCCAUUCUCCCGACUUCCAACACCCCCCCCAUUCUCCCUCCUUCCAUCACCCCGUUCCAUUCUCCCGCUUUCCAUCACCCUGCCCCUUUCUCCCGCUUUCCAUCACCGUGCCCCAUUCUUCCGCUUUCCAUCACCGCGCCCCAUUUUCCCGCUUUCCAUCAACCUGCCCCAUUCUCCCUCUUUCCAUCGCCCCGCCCCAUUCUCUCUCCUUCCAUCACCCCGCCCCAUUCUCCCUCCUUCCAUCACCCCGCCCCAUUCUCCCGCUUUCCAUCACCCUGCCCGAUUCUCCCGCUUUCCAUCACCCCGCCCCAUUCUCCCGCUUUACAUCACCCCGCCCUAUUCUCCCGCUUUACAUCACCAAGCCCUAUUCUCCCACUUUCCAUCAUCCCGCCAUGUUCUCCCGCUUUCCAUCACCCCGCCCCAUUCUCCCGCUUUCCAUCACCUCGCCCCAUUCUCCAACUUUCCAUCACUCCGCCCCAUUCUCCCGCUUUCCAUCACCCCGCGCCAUUCUCCCGCCUUCCAUCACCCCGCCCCAUUCUCUCGCUUUCCAUCUCCCCGCCCCAUUCUCCCGCUUUCCAUCACCCCGCCCCAUUCUCCCUCCUUCCAUCACCCCGCCCCAUUCUCCCGCUUUCCAUCACCCCACCCCAAUCUCCCGCUUUCCAUCACCCCGCCCCAUUCUCCCGCUUUCCAUCACCCCGCCCCAUUCUCCCUCUUUCCAUCACCCCGCCCCAUUCUCCCGCUUUCCAUCACCCCGCCCCAUUUUCCCGCUUUCCAUCACCACGCCUUAUUCUCCCGCUUUCCAUCACUCCGCCCCAUUCUCCUGCUUUCCAUCAUCCCGCCCCAUUCUCCCGCCUUCCAUCACCCCGCCCCAUUCUCCCGCUUUCCAUCUCCCCGCCCCAUUCUCCCGCUUUCCAUCACCCCGCCCCAUUCUCCCGCUUUCCAUCACCCCGCUCCAUUCUCCCUCCUUCGAUCAACCUGCCCCUUUCUCCCUCCUUCCAUCACCCCGCCCCAUUCUCCCUCCUUCCAUCACCCCGCCCCAUUCUCCCGCCUUCCAACACCCCGCCCCAUUCUCCCUCCUUCCAUCACCCUGCCCUAUUCUCCCGCUUUCUAUCACCCCGCCCUAUUCUCCCGCUUUCCAUCACCCCGCCCCUUUCUCCCGCUUUCCAUCACCGUGCCCCAUUCUUCCGCUUCCCAUCACCGCGCCCCAUUCUCCGGCUUUCCAUCACCCCGCCCGAUUCUCCCGUGUUCCAUCACCCCGCCCCAUUCUCCCGCAUUCCAUCACCCCGCCCCAUUCUCCCGCUUUACAUCACCCCGCCCCAUUCUCCCGCUUUCCAUCACCCUGCCCCAUUCUCCCGCUUUCCAUCACCGCGCCCCAUUCUCCCGUUUUCCAUCACUCCGCCCCAUUCUUCUGCUUUCCAUCACCCCGCCCCAUUCUCCCUCCUUCCAUCACCCCGCCCCAUUCUCCCUCCUUCCAUCACCCCGCCCCAUUCUCCCUCCUUCCAUCACCCCGCCCCAUUCUCCCGCUUUACAUCACCCCACCCCAUUCUCCCGCUUUCCAUCACCCUGCCCCAUUCUCCCGCUUUCCAUCACCGUGCCCCAUUCUCCCGCUUUCUAUCACCCCGCCCCACUCUCCAGCUUUCCAUCACCGCGCCCCAUUCUCCUGCUUACCAUCAACCCGCCCCAUUCUCCCGCUUUGCAUCCCCCCGCCCCAUUCUCCCUCCUUCCAUCACCCCGCUCCAUUCUCCCGCUUUCCAUUACCCCGCCCCAUUCUCCCGCUUUCCAUCACCCCGCCCCAUUCUCUUGCUUUCCAACACCCCGCCCCAUUCUCCCACUUUCCAUCACCCCGCCCCAUUCUCCCACUUUCCAUCACCCCGUCCCAUUCUCCCGCUUUCCAUCACCCUGCUCCAUUCUCUUGCUUUCCAUCACCCCGCCCCAUCCUCUCGCUUUCCAUCACUGCGCCCAAUUCUCCCUCCUUCCAUCACCCCACCCCAUUCUCCCGCUUUCGAUCACCCCGCCCCAUUCUCCCGCUUUCCAUCACCCUGCCUUAUUCUCCCGCUUUCCAUCACCCCGCCAUGUUCUCCCGCCUUCCAUCACCCCGCCCCAUUCUCCCGCUUUCCAUCACCUCGCCCCAUUCACCCGCUUUCUAUCACCCCACCCCAUUCUCCCUCCUUCCAUCACCCCGCCCCAUUCUCCUUUUUUCCAUCACCCCGCCCCAUUUUCCCGCUUUCCAUCACCCCGCCCCAUUCUCCCGCUUUCCAUCACCUCGUGUCAUUCUCCCGCUUUCCAUCGCCCCGCUCCAUUCUCCCUCCUUCGAUCACCCUGCCCUAAUCUCCCUCCUUCCAUCACCCCUUCCCAUUCUCCCUCCUUCCAUCAACCCACCCGAUUCUCCCGCUUUCCAUCACCCGCCCAGUUCUCCCGCUUUCCAUCAUCCCGCCAUGUUCUCCUGCUUUCCAUCACCCCGCCCCAUUCUCCCGCUUUCCAUCACCCCGCCCCAUUCUCCCUCCUUCCAUCAUCCCGCCCCAUUCUCCCGCCUUCCAACUCCCCGCCCCAUUCUCCCUCCUUCCAUCACCCCGCCCCAAUCUCCCGCUUUCUAUCACCCCGCCCUAUUCUCCCGCUUUCCAUCACCCCGCCCCUUUCUCCCGCUUUCCAUCACCGUGCCCCAUUCUUCCUCUUUCCAUCACCGCGCCCCAUUCUCCCGCUUUCCAUCAACCCGCCCCAUUCUCCCUCUUUCCAUCGCCCCGCCCCAUUCUCCCUCCUUCCAUCACCCCGCCCCAUUCUCCCUCCUUCCAUCACCCCGCCCCAUUCUCCCGCUUUCCAUCACCCCACCCCAAUCUCCCGCUUUCCAUCACCCCGCCCCAUUCUCCCGCUUUCCAUCACCCCGCCCCAUUCUCCCGCUUUCGAUCACCCCGCCCUAUUCUCCCGCUUUCAAUCACCCCGCCCCAUUCACCCGCUUUUCAUCACCCCGCGCCAUUCUCCCGCCUUCCAUCACCCCGCCCCAUUCUCCCGCUUUCCAUCACCCCGCCCCAUUCUCCCGCCUUCCAUCGCCCCGCCCCAUUCUCCCUCCUUCCAUCACCCCGCCCUAUUCUCCCGCUUUCCAUCACCCCGCCCAUUCUCUCGCUUUCCAUCACCCCGCCCCAUUCUCCCACUUUCCAUCACCCCGCCCCAUUCUCCCUUUUUCCAUCACCCCGCCCCAUUCUCCCGCCUUCCAACACCCCGCCCCAUUCUCCCUCCUUCCAUCACCCCGCCCCAUUCUCCCGCUUUCUAUCACCCCGCCCUAUUCUCCCGCUUUCCAUCACCCCGCCCCUUUCUCCCGCUUUCCAUCACCGUGCCGCAUUCUUCCGCUUUCCAAGACCGCGCCCCAUUCUCCCGCUUUCCAUCAACCCGCCCCAUUCUCCCUCUUUCCAUCGCCCCGCCCCAUUCUCCCUCCUUCCAUCACCCCGCCCCAUACUCCCUCCUUCCAUCACCCCGCCUCAUUCUCCCGCUUUCCAUCACCCCACCCCAAUCUCCCGCUUUCCAUCACCCCGCCCCAUUCUCCCGCUUUCCAUCACCCCGCCCCAUUCUCCCGCUUUCCAUCACCCCGCCCCAUUUUCUCGCUUUCCAUCACCCUGCCCCAUUCUCCCGCUUUCCAUCUCCCCGCCCCAUUCUCCCGCUUUCCAUCACCCCGCCCCAUUCUCCCUCCUUCCAUCACCCCGCCCCAUUCUCCCGCUUUCCAUCACCCCGCCCGAUUCUCCCGCUUUCCAUCACCCCGCCCCAUUCUCCCGCCUUCCAUCACCCCGCCCAAUUCUCCCGCUUUCCAUCUCCCCGCCACAUUCUCCCGCUUUCCAUCACCCCACCCCAUUCUCCCGCUUACAAUCUCCCCGCCCCAUUCUCCCGCUUUCCAUCACCCCGCCCCAUUCUCCCGCUUUCCAUCACCCCGCCCCAUUCUCCCUCCUUCCAUCACCCCACCCCAUUCUCCCGCCUUCCAUCACCCCGCCCCAUUCUCCCUCCUUCCAUCACCUCGCCCCAUUCUCCCGCUUUCCAUCACCCCGCCCCAUUCUCCCGCUUUCCAUCACCCUGCCCCAUUCUCCCGCUUUCCAUCACCCUGCCCCAUUCUCCCGCUUUCCAUCACCCCGCCCCACUCUCCCUCCUUCCAUCACCCCGCCCCAUUCUCCCGCCUUCCAUCACCCCGCCCCAUUCUCCCUCCUUCCAUCACCUCACCCCAUUCUCCCGCUUUCCAUCACCCCGCCCCAUUCUCCCGCUUUCCAUCACCCCGCCCCAUUCUCCCGCUUUCCAUCACCGCGACCCAUUCUCCCGCUUUCCAUCACCGCGCCCCAUUCUCCCGCUUACCAUCAACCCGCCCAAUUCUCCCGCUUUUCAUCGCCCUGCCCCAUUCUCCCUCCUUCCAUCACCCCGCCCCAUUGUCCCUCCUUUCAUCACCCCGCCACAUUCUCCCGCUUUCCAUCACCACGCCCCAUUCUCCCGUUUUCCAUCAACCCGCCCCAUUCUCUGCUUUCCAUCGCCCCGCCCCAUUCUCCCUCCUUCCAUCACCCCUCACCAUUCUCCCUCCUUCCAUCACCCCGCCCCAUUCUCCCGCUUUCCAACACCCCACCCCAAUCUCCCGCUUUCCAUCUCCCCGCCCCAUUCUCCCCCUUUCCAUUCACCCCGCCCCAUUCUCCCUCCUUCCAUCACCCCGCCCCGUUCUUCUGUGUUCCAUCACCCCGUCCCAUCCUCCCGCUUUCCAUCACCCCGCCCCAUUCUCCCGCUUCCCAUCACCCCGCCCCAUUCUCCCGCUUUCCAUCACCCCGCCCCAUUCUACCGAUUUCCAUCACCCCGCCCCAUUCCCCCGCUUUCCAUCACCCUGCCCCAUUCUCCCGCUUUCCAUCACCCCACCCCAUUCCCCCGCUUUCAAUCUCCCCGCCCCAUUCUCCCGCUUUCCAUCAACCCGCCCCAUUUUCGCUUUCUAUCACCCCACCCCAAUCUCCCGCUUUCAAUCACCCCGCCCCAUUCUCUUGCUUUCCAUCACCCCGUCCCAUUCCCCCUGUCAAUCUCCCCGCCCCACUCUCCCGCUUUCCAUCACCCCGCCCCGUUCUCUCGCUUUCCAUCACCCCGCCACAUUCUCCCGUUUACCAUCACUCCGCUCCAAUCUCCCGCUUUCCAUCACCCCGCCCCAUUCUCCCUCCUUCCAUCGCCCCGCCCCAUUCUCCCUCCUUCCAUCGCCCCGCCCCAUUCUCCCGCUUUCCAUCACCCCGCCCCAUUCUCCCACUUUCCAUCAUCCCGCCCCAUUCUCCUGCAUUCCAUCACCCCGCCCCAUUCUCCCGCUUUCCAUCACCCCACCUUAUUCUCCCUCCUUCCAUCACCCCGCCCCAUUCUCCCUCCUUCCAUCACCCUGCCCCAUCCUCCCGCUUUCCAUCACCCCGCCCCAUUCUCCCGCUUUCCAUCACCCCGCCCCAUUCUCCCGCUUUCCAUCACCCCGCCCCAUUCUACCGAUUUCCAUCACCCCGCCCCAUUCCCCCGCUUUCCAUCACCCUGCCCCGUUCUCUCGCUUUCCAUCACCCCGCCACAUUCUCCCGUUUACCAUCACUCCGCCCCAAUCUCCCGCUUUCCAUCACCCCGCCCCAUUCUCCCUCCUUCCAUCGCCCCGCCCCAUUCUCCCUCCUUCCAUCGCCCCGCCCCAUUCUCCCGCUUUCCAUCACCCCGCCCCAUUCUCCCACUUUCCAUCAUCCCGCCCCAUUCUCCUGCAUUCCAUCACCCCGCCCCAUUCUCCCGCUUUCCAUCACCCCACCUUAUUCUCCCUCCUUCCAUCACCCCGCCCCAUUCUCCCUCCUUCCAUCACCCUGCCCCAUUCUCCCGCUUUCCAUCACCCCGCCCGAUUCACCCGCUUUCCAUCACCCCGCCCCAAUCUCCCGCUUGCCAUCACCCCGCCCCAUUCUCCCCCCUUCCAUCACCCCGCCCCAUUCUCCCUCCUUCCAUCACCCCGCCCCAUUCUCCCUCCUUCCGUCUCCCUGCCCCAUUCUCCCGCAUUCCAUCACCCCGCCCCAUUCUCCCGCUUUCCAUCACCCCGUCCAAUUCUCCCGCUUUCCAUCUCCCCGCCCCAUUCUCCCGCUUUCCAUCACCCCACCCCAUUCUCCCGCUUUCAAUCUCCCCGCCCCAUUCUCCCGCUUUCCAUCACCCCGCCCCAUUUUUGCUUUCCAUCACCCCACCCCGAUCUCCCGCUUUCAAUCACCCCGCCCCAUUCUCCCGCAUUCCAUCACCCCGCCCCAUUCUCCCGCUUUCCAUCACCCCGCCCAAUUCUCCCGCUUUCCAUCUCCCCGCCCCAUUCUCCCGCUUUCCAUCACCCCACCCCAUUCUCCCGCUUUCAAUCUCCCCGCCCCAUUCUCCCGCUUUCCAUCACCCCGCCCCAUUUUUGCUUUCCAUCACCCCACCCCAAUCUCCCGCUUUCAAUCACCCCGCCCCAUUCUCCCGCUUUCCAUCACCCCGCCCCAUUCUCCCGCUUUCCAUCACCCUGCCCCAUUCCCCCUGUCAAUCUCCCCGCCCCGUUCUCCCGCUUACCAUCAUCCCGCCCCUUCCUCCCUCCUUCCAUCACCUCGCCCCAUUCUUCCGCUUUCCAUCACCCCUCCCCAUUCUCCCGCUUUCAAUCUCCCCGCCCCAUUCUCCCCAUUCUCCAACUUUCCAUCACCCCGCCACAUUCUCCCCAUUCUCCCUCUUUCCAUCACCCCGCCCCAUUCUCCCGCUUUCUAUCACCCCGCCUCAUUCUCCCCCUUUCCAUUCACCCCGCCCCAUUCUCCCUCCUUCCAUCACCCCGCCCCAUUCUCCCGCUUUCCAUCACCCCGCCCCAUCCUCCCGCUUUCCAUCACCCCGCCCCAUUCUCCCGCUUUCCAUCACCUCGCCCCAUUCUCCCGCUUUCCAUCACCCCGCCCCAUUCUCCCGCUUUCCAUCACCCCGCCCCAUUCGACCGAUUUCCAUCACUCCGCCCCAUUCUCCCGCUUUCCAUCACCCCGCCCCAUUCUCCCACUUUCCAUCACCCCGCCCCGUUCUCCCGCUUUCCAUCACCCCGCCCCAAUCUCCCGCUUUCCAUCACCCCGCCCCAUUCUCCCUCUUUCCAUCACCCCGCCCUUUUCUCCCGCUUUCCAUCACCCUGCCCCAUUCUCCCGCUUUCCAUCACCCUGCCCCAUUCUCCCGCUUUUCAUCACCCCGCCCCAUUCUACCGAUAUCCAUCACCCCGCCCCAUUCUCCCGCUUUCCAUCACCCCGGCUCGUUCUCCCGCUUUCCAUCACCCCGCCCCAUUCUCCCGCUUUCCAUCACCCCGCCCAAUCUCCCGCUUUCCAUCACACCGGGCGAUCGGCUGA